GAAAGUGAGGAGCUUUUUAGAUGAAAGUGAUGGUAAUGGAGAUGGAGGAAGGUGUUAAAGAAAAUGGUGCAUCACCUCCUAAAUCGAGAGUCACAAACCAAUCUAGAGCUCUUUUAUCAAUGCGGCUGCUUCAGAUUUUGUUAUUGUUUCUUGUUUUGACUCUUGGGAUCUCUGUUGUUAGUAUACACAUGAUCAAGUUCUUGAAGAUUCAACGUUUGGAUCCUGUGGCUCCAAUUACUUUGCUUUCUACGUAUAAUCAUGAGACUGUUACUUUAGAUAGCUUUAUUAGGCCUCCUUUGAAUGUUUGGCACACAAUGAAUGAUAGUGAAUUGCUUUGGCGUGCUUCUAUAGAGCCGCAGAGGAAUGGUUAUCCCUUUAAACGUGUUCCUAAAUUGGCUUUCAUGUUUCUUGCCAAAGGUCCUUUACCAUUUGCUCCACUUUGGGAGAAGUUCUUUAAGGGACAGGAGGGUUUUUACUCUAUCUAUGUUCAUUCAUUGCCUAGUUACAAAUCGGAUUUUUCAAGGUCAUCGGUGUUUUAUAGAAGAUAUAUCCCUAGUCAGGCUGUGGCAUGGGGAGAGAUGAGUAUGGGUGAAGCAGAGAGGAGGCUAUUGGCUAAUGCGUUGCUUGAUAUCUCUAAUGAAUGGUUUGUUCUGCUGUCUGAAUCAUGUAUUCCUCUGCGCGGUUUCGGCUUUAUCUAUAGUUAUGUCUCUGAAUCAAGAUAUAGUUUCAUGGGUGCUGCUGAUGAGGAAGGACCUGAUGGGAGAGGUAGAUACAGGACUGAAAUGGAACCUGAGGUUACACUAAGCCAGUGGCGAAAAGGGUCUCAGUGGUUUGAAAUUAACCGGAAACUCGCUGUUGAGAUUGUUCAAGAUACUACUUACUAUCCCAAAUUCAAAGAGUUUUGUAGACCUCCAUGUUAUGUUGAUGAACAUUACUUCCCCACAAUGCUGUCUAUGAAACAUCGUCUUUUGCUGGCUAAUCGGACAUUGACAUGGACAGAUUGGUCACGUGGUGGUGCUCAUCCAGCUACUUUUAGCAAGGCUGAUAUAACGGAAAGUUUUCUCAAGAAGCUUCCGGGAGCCAAAUCCUGCCUCUACAAUGAUCAGCAGUCUCAAAUCUGUUAUCUCUUUGCGAGAAAGUUUGCUCCAAGCGCAUUGGAGCCCUUACUGCAACUUGCACCCAAGAUUCUUGAGUUGGUUUCUAACAUAUCUUCCACUCGUCACUCUUGGUUUUUGUUUUGAUAAGUGCUUGAGUUUAGAGUAUGAUCAUGGACCGAACUGGUCAUUAGUUUAUCUCCUCUUUCACAAUGAGAUAUUACAGGUAUUGUGAUGCUUUAUCAUAUUUUUGACAUGACAUAUUAUUGGAUAAAGAGAGUUUUGAAUU